AUGAGCACCAACUCAUCCCCCUCUACGGCUGAGCAGCUCUGUUACCAGAACGUGACCAGAUCCUGCGUGAAAGCUUCCUAUUCACCUGGACCCAGGCUCAUUCUCUACAUGGUGUUUGGCUCUGUGGCUCCGCUGGCUGUUUUUGGAAACCUCCUGGUGGUGAUUUCAAUCCUGCAUUUCAAGCAGCUGCACUCUCCAACCAAUUUCCUCAUCGCCUCUCUGGCCUGUGCUGACUUUCUGGUGGGGGUGACCGUCAUGCCCUUCAGCAUGGUCAGGUCUGUGGAGAGCUGCUGGUACUUUGGAGCCAGAUUUUGUAGCCUGCACAGUUGCUUUGAUGUGGCGUUUUGUUACUCGUCUCUCUUCCAUCUGUGCUUCAUCUCCAUCGACAGGUACAUCGCUGUGACUGAGCCUCUGGUCUAUCCUACCAAGUUCACGGUGUCUGCGUCAGGGAUAUGCAUCGGCAUCUCCUGGAUCUUGCCUCUUGUAUACAGUGGUGCCGUGUUCUUCACAGGUGCCUAUGAUGAUGGGCUGGAGGAGUUAUCUAGUGCCCUCAACUGUGUAGGAGGCUGUCAGACAGUUGUAAAUCAAAACUGGGUAUUGAUAGAUUUUCUAUCCUUCUUUAUACCUACCCUUGUUAUGAUAAUUCUCUAUAGCAAUAUUUUUCUUGUGGCUAGACAACAGGCCAAAAAGAUGGAAAAUACUGGGGGCAAAAUAGAAUUGUCAUCAGCUAGUUACAAAUCCAGAGUAGCCAAGAGAGAGAGAAAAGCAGUGAAAACCCUGGGUAUCACUGUGGUAACAUUUAUGAUUUCAUGGUUACCAUACAGUAUUGACUCACUAAUUGAUGCUUAUAUGGGUUUCAUAACCCCUGCCUACAUUUAUGAGAUUUGUUGUUGGUGUGCUUAUUAUAAUUCAGCCAUGAAUCCUUUAAUUUAUGCUUUAUUUUACCCAUGGUUCAGGAAAGCCAUAAAAAUUAUUGUGAGUGGGUGGGUUUUCCAGGUCAGUUCAGCCACCAUGAAUUUGUUCCCUGAACAAAUGUAA